CCAUUGAUGCAUGUAUAUAUUUCACCCGCAUGAUGUCGCGGUGGCUUGAUUUUAAUGUAAAAAAAAAUGAAAACAAACUGAGCCCGUGUCUGGAUUUGCUUGGAAUGGAAUACCCAAAAGUGUUUUUGUUGUUUUUCUAAAACAGUGUUUCAGAUUUAGAAACACUGUUUUCUUUCUCUCCUUGGGUUUCUGGUUUCCUUUUGUUUGAUUCUUGUGCUUUCAACUUGCCCUUCAACUCGUUCAAGAGAUUGGCUGGGCUAAAAUCUCUUCCUGGGUUGUAAUCAAAGGCUUGAUAUUGAAGCUUAAGAAAAAAGAGACGAGAAGGUUAUACAUAGGAAAUUACACACCUUAUCUCUUGUCAUUCAUUGAUUUGAUGGAUCGAUCUUUGCCUGGACACUGAGACAAGAGAAUCUACUGGAGGUUUAUUGUUUGUUCUGGUUCUGUUUGAGAGUCUUAUACUCCUAUUACUAUUUACCCGUCUGUGUUGUCUUGGAUCUCAUUUUCGCUUUUAUUGUGACUGUUCUUUUCACCAAGUUGACUCCUUUGAUUUGAAAGAUCAAAGGAAAAAAAUCUCCUGUGAGAGAAAGAGUCGAGCUUCCUUUUGGCUUUGUGUGUCAGUUUAAGAAUUUGUUAGAAUAUUCAUCAAAAUUAAGCUUAAAAGAUAUUGUUUCUUGCUUUUUGGGCCAAAAGGGUAUCUAGAUCUUCAAGAUUGUAUCAUCCAUUUGGGGAACAUACAUGAAAGAUUUUGGUUUCCGAAUGAAGAAAGCUGAGCUGGUGAUGCUGGUUUCUGCCAUUUGUGGGGUUUUUGAAGGAUUCUUGUGAAUCAGCAGUGAAAAGGGUCUUGUCAUUCUGAAAAUAUUGUCUCUACAAUUACUGGAGUCGAGCAUGUCUGUGGUAUAAGUUGUGUAAUCCAUCUUGGUUUGGUGGGGGCACACCAAUAAUGCAGGAAAUGUUUGUUUGUGUUCUGGGCUUGUAGUUUAGCCUCUUCAAUGAUAUUGACAUGAUGGUUGUUGAGAAUUGAAUUUGCUAAGCCAACGAAGUUUCAUAUAAAUUGCUUGUGGUAAUGAGUCGAGAAGUGAAGCGAGGGAAGCAGGUGAAAGGCGGUUCCGAUGUGGCUGAGAAGGUGGUUGUUGCUGUUAAAGCAUCAAAGGAAAUUCCUAAGACUGCUCUUGUCUGGGCUUUGACUCAUGUUGUUCAACCUGGAGAUUGCAUUACACUACUGGUUGUUGUGCCUUCGCAUGGUUCUGGUAGAAGAUUUUGGGUUUUCCCAAGAUUUGCUGGAGACUGUGCCAGUGGUCACCGGAAGUCUCACACUGGAACGAUUACAGAGCAGAAGUGUGAUCUUACAGAUACUUGCUCCCAGAUGAUCCUUCAACUCCAUGAUGUUUAUGAUCCAAACAAGAUUAAUUUCAAGAUCAAAAUUGUUUCCGGAUCACCUUGUGGGGCAGUGGCUGCAGAGGCCAAGAGAGCAGAAGCCAAUUGGGUUGUGUUAGACAAACAGCUUAAAAAUGAGGAAAAGCGCUGCAUGGAGGAGUUGCAGUGCAACAUAGUGGUUAUGAAGCGUUCCCAGCCGAAAGUUCUUCGUUUGAAUUUGGUUGGAUCAUCCAGAAGAGAAGCUGAAGUUGCCUGUCCACCUUCGGACCCAGAUGAAUCAUCUGAAAAGCAUAAGAAAAACAAGAAUGGCUCUUCAGAUUCCAUUAGAGGGCCAGUUGUCACACCCACUAGUAGUCCGGAACUAGGGACGCCAUUUACUGCUACUGAAGCAGGAACUUCAUCAGUCUCAAGCUCAGAUCCAGGAACUUCUCCUUUUUUCAACUCGGAAAAUAAUGGAGACUUGAAGAAAGAGGAAUCAUUAGUAAUUAGGGAAAAUCGAGAUCUUGAAGACUCUAGUUCAGACACAGACAGUGAAAAUUUAUCUUUGUCUUCAGCAAGUUUGAGGUUCCAACCAUGGAUGACAGAAUUUCUUAGAUCUCAUCAUCAGUCCACACACCACAUUGAAGAAGAAUGCUCAAGAAGGACAAAUAGUAAGGCUCAAACGUCAACAACAAUAGCUUUACUAGAGAAGUUCUCAAGACUUGAUAGAGAAGCUGGAGUUGGAAUUUCAAACUAUAGGACUGAUCUGGAAUUCAGUGGAAAUGUUAGAGAAGCAAUUUCACUAUCCAGAAGUGCGCCUCUUGGCCCCCCUCCAUUGUGUUCAAUAUGUCAACAUAAGGCACCAGUAUUUGGCAAACCCCCAAGGUGGUUUAGCUAUGCUGAGUUGGAGCUUGCUACUGGUGGGUUUUCUCAAGCUAAUUUCUUGGCCGAAGGUGGAUUUGGAUCUGUUCACAGGGGGGUAUUGCCAGAUGGUCAGGCAGUUGCUGUCAAGCAACACAAGUUGGCUAGUUCGCAGGGGGAUCUUGAAUUUUGCUCAGAAGUGGAAGUUCUGAGCUGUGCCCAGCACAGAAAUGUUGUUAUGCUAAUUGGGUUCUGUAUUGAGGAUAGAAGAAGAUUGCUGGUUUAUGAAUAUAUAUGCAAUGGGUCUCUGGAUUCUCAUCUAUAUGGACGUCAUGAAGAGCCUCUAGAAUGGACUGCAAGACAAAAAAUUGCUGUGGGAGCUGCUCGAGGUCUGCGAUAUCUUCAUGAAGAAUGCAGAGUGGGUUGCAUUGUGCAUCGUGACAUGCGACCAAACAAUAUCCUCCUCACCCAUGAUUUUGAACCACUUGUUGGGGAUUUUGGCCUGGCAAGGUGGCAGCCUGAUGGGGACACGGGUGUGGAAACAAGAGUAAUCGGAACAUUUGGGUAUUUGGCACCAGAAUAUGCUCAAAGUGGCCAAAUCACAGAAAAAGCUGAUGUCUAUUCCUUUGGGGUGGUGUUAGUUGAGCUUGUUACUGGACGUAAAGCAGUGGACCUUAACCGACCUAAGGGCCAGCAAUGUCUCACUGAAUGGGCACGUCCACUGUUGGAAGUAUAUGCUAUAGACGAACUGGUUGACCCUCAGCUAGGGAAUUGCUAUUCGGAACAAGAAGUCUAUUGUAUGCUUCAUGCAGCAUCUUUAUGCAUAAGACGGGAUCCACAUUCCAGGCCCCGCAUGUCACAGGUGCUUCGCAUAUUAGAAGGAGACAUGGUCAUGGAUGCAAAUUAUAUGUCAACACCUGGAUUCGAUGUUGGCAGCCGAAGUGGUCGAAUAUGGACAGAUCAGCAGCAGCAACAACAACUACCUUAUAGUGGUCCCUUGUUAAAUGAGGCUCUGGAAAGCUUCAGUGGGAAGCUCUCUCUUGAUUCACUGAAGCCAUCUUUCUGGGAAAGGGAAAAGACCAGAAGGACUUCAUGUGGAGUUGAUUUGUAAAGAGCUUUACUCCCCUCAUCAACAUGCAUCUUACUUAAUAUGUCAUUUUGUAUUCCUUUCUUCCUUUUUUUCUCUUUAUUUUUGUCCAACGCCCAUUUAAGAUUUUGCUUGUGAAUAACAGUAGUAGCAGGGAAAUUAGGAAUAGUAAGGUUUUGUAAUUCUUUGGUAAAUGGAGGAAAAACUCAUUGUAUGAUGUUCUAACUCUAUGCCUUUUGUCCAAAUCAAUGAAAAGCCUUCUCAGAAUUUCGCCCUAA